CCCGAGCAGCCGCCCGCCACGCCGCCCCAGUACCGGAGCAGCCGAGCCACCCAGCAGCAGCCGCCGGGCCGCCUGGGCCGCCGAGCCGCGGUUCAGCCGAGCCGCCCAGCAGCAGCCGCAGAGCCGCCGGGCCGCCGAGCCGCAGUACAGCCGAGCCGCCCAGCAGCCGCCGCCGAGCCGCCGAGCCGCAGUACCGCCGAGCCGCCCCGCAGCCGAGCCGCACUACUGCCGAGCCGCCCGACCUGCCCUGUCUGGUGAGCACAGCCCCACUGCUACUGCGUGCCCUUCCCCCCACUGCUUGCACUGCUAGUCUGUCGUCAUGGCUACCCCUAGUGUCCUCGCUUUUGACGCUGAGGGUCGAGCCAUUGACUUUGAGGUCUGGGUCGACGACCUGCAGCUGUUUUUACAGUGCGAUAGGGGCGGACGGUCUUUCUCUCUUUGACCUCACCUCUGGCGCCUCCCUGCUCCUGCUGCUGAUGCUGACCCCACUGUUCGCUCUCUAUGGGCCAGCCCGCGAUGCUGCUGCACGUCUUGCUGUGCUCGCUGACCUCAUCACGCACCUCCGCACUUCUGACACUCGCUACCGCGCCGCACUUCCUGCUGAGUUCUACGCCAAGAACCCCCCCCCCCCCAUGUACAUCGCUCUCUAUUACAUAGUCACUCGCCUCCCUGACUCCCUUCGCGUAGUCAGGGACCACUUCCUCUCAGUCUGUCCCACCACCCUCACUGUCGACCUCCUCGAGAAGGCGUUCCUAGCGGAGGAGAAGAGCAUAGUCGCUGUAGGAGCCUCUCGUGGUGACCCGCGCACCCCCAUCUUUGAGGGGUGUUCUCCUUCCCCCCUGCUGCCCUCUGUUGCCUCUGCUGCUGCUGCUGCCGACCUGCUUGGUCUUGAGUCGGUCGGCGCGGCGUCUGCCCCUAGCGGGAGACGCCGCCCUGGCAAGGGCAAGGGGGGCAAGGGCGCGGGUGGAGCUGGCGGGGGCGGUGGAGGUGGCAAUGGCGGUGGCGGAGGGAGUGGGGGUGGCGGUGGGAGUGGUGGUGGGGGUGGUGGUGGUGGUGGCGGCAGCGGAGGCGGCGGCGGGAGCGGAGGUGGAGGUGGCGGUGGGAGCGGGGGCGGCGGUGGGAGCGGAGGUGGAGGCGGCGGUGGCGGAGGAGGUGGAGCCGGUCGGGGUAGUGCCCCGCAACGGAGCAGCUCUGGUGGUGGUCCGCGCCAGCAGCAGCAGCAGCAGCAGCGUUCUCGGGACAUCCCCCCACCUCAGCAGCUCCGUGAGUGGUACACGCAGCGUCAGCGUGGUGGGGGUCUUGGCCGUGCGUCUGCACUCUUAGGUACUGGUGAGGCUGCGCUCUCAGGUACUGCGUCGGCUUCGGCCUCCCUCACCUUCACACUUGACUCAGGGGCUUCUCGCUCCUUCUUUCGAGACCGCACCACACUCACACAGCUUAGUCGGCCGGUUGCAGUCUCCCUGGCUGACCCCUCUGGGGGUCCUGUCCUCGCUCACUUCUCCACUGUCCUCCCGUGUACGGCUGCCCCCUCGGGCACCCUGUCGGGUCUGUACCUCCCCUCGUUCUCGACGAACUUGGACCUUCCUGUGUCCCCUAUGUCGAGGGGCGGCUCCGGGCUGCCCCUCACUCCUCCCACUUUCCCCCGACAGAGGGCUCCUCUGCAGACGCUUCACAUGGACGUGUGGGGCCCGGCCCGCGUCCGUGGACAGGGUCACGAGCGCUACUUCCUGCUGGUGGUUGACGACUACUCGCGCGGAGAGUUCUCCUCAGGCCUUCUGCGAGCCUACUGUCGUGCACUAGGCAUCCGCCAGACCUUCACGCUUCCGGACUCUCCACAGCAGAAUGGGAUUGCUGAGCGCCGCAUUGGCAUGGUCAUGGACGUCGCUCGUACGUCCAUGAUGCAUGCGGCUGCCCCCCAUUUUCUGUGGCCGUUUGCGGUUGAGUACGCGGCGCAUCAGCUCAACCUUCACCCCAGGGUCUCCCGGCCGGAGACCUCCCUUGCUCUGCUGUGGACGGGGAAGGUCGGCGAUGCGUCUGCGUUCCGUGUCUGGGGAUCUCGGGCGUUUGUCCGCGACUUGUUUGCGGACAAGCUGUCCCCUCGUGCUGCUCCCUGUGUCUUCAUAGGCUUCCCCCCUGACGCCCCAGGGUGGCAGUUCUACCACCCCUCCUCUCGUCGUGUUCUGUCCUCCCAGGACGUCACGUUCGACGAGUCCGUCCCCUUCUACCGCCUCUUCCCCUACCGCACUCCUUCCCUCCCCCCGCCACCGCACUUCCUUGUGCCAGUCGAGCCGGUCGAGGUUGCUGGUGACUCAGGUACUGCUAGGGGUGCUGAGCCUGGGGGUGCUGCGCCUCGGGGUGCUGACUCUGUGGGUGCUGAGUCUGGGGGUGCUGAGCCUGGGGGUGCUGACUCUGGGGGUGCUGAGUUUGGGGGUGCUGAGCUUGGGGGUGUUGGGUCUGGGGGUGCUGAGCCUAGGGGUCCUGAGCCUGGGGGUGCUGAGCCUGGGGGUGCUGCCUCUGGGGGUGCUGCGCGCGGGGGUGCUGAGCCUGGGGGUGCUGCGUCUGGAGCUGCUGAGCCUGGAGGUGUGGAGCCUGCGGCCACUGGACCUCCCCUUGUGGCGUCUGGCGGUGCUGGGCCUAGAGGUUCUCCGGGUGUUUCGUCUCGGCGGGAGCCACUCUCUCCACAGGAGCUGCGUGAGUGGUUUGCUCGCCGCUGGAGGCGUACGGCUGGAGCUGGCGCUUCUUCGACCGCUGAGGGUGCUGGUGCCGACAGUCCCGGAGCUGCUGGGCCUGCGGGUCCGCCUGGAGCUGGAGCUGCUGAGGGUGCUGGUUCUGAGACUACUACUGUCAGUCCUGGUGGUGGUCGUGCUGCGGGUGCUGCUGGUGCUACUGGAGGUCCUGCCGCUGGAGGUGCUGUUGGCGCUGGUGCUGCGGGAGGUGCUGAGGGUGCUGGUGCUGUCCCUGCUGUGUCUGGAGCUGCAGCGCGGCCUCGGCUGUACUUUGUUCCGCUUCUUCAGCAGGUUCUUGGUCUUCCUCCUCUCUUAGAGUGUCCACCGCCUGUCCAGUCGCAGUCACAGUUACCGCCGGCCUCCCCACUUCCUUCUCCUUCACCUUACACUGGUCCUACUGGAGGUCUUGCUGAGCGUCGUGAGCCUGCUUCUCGUCCUGCGUCGCCUUCGGACUCUCUUCGUGCUGCCAGUCCUACUGUCACGCGUCUCCUUGCUACUGUCGUCACUGACCCCUCCUUUGAGUCCACUGCUGCGUCUCUUCUUGUUGCUGAGCUCGUCGACUUUGCUGCUCGCUAUCGUCUAGACUACGCUGCUAGUCUUGUUGCUGAGUCUGCGUCUGUCUGUCCUCCGUCCGUCGGGGGUGAGUGUGCUCUUGGCACGGACGUCCUUGAGGACAGGCAGGAGGAGUUUCAGUGUCUGGCUGCUGCUUCACCUCAUCUCGCGUCUGUACUGCUUGCCCUUGAGGGAGACCCGGAUGCACUAGACAUCCCGACUCCGCGCUCUUACGCGGAGGCCGUAGAGGGUCCCUACUCCUCUCAGUGGCAGGCAGAUAUGGAUGCAGAGAUGGCUUCCCGGAAGGUGAAGCGGCCGCCGGGCUCUCCACCUGUCUUCAAGGCGCGGUACGUGGCUCGUGGCUUCAGUCAGCGGCAGGGAGUUGACUACUUUCAGACCUUCUCUCCCACCCCGAAGAUGACCACUCUUUGGGUGCUGCUGCACAUAGCCGCUCAGCGCGACUACGAGCUCCACUCUCUUGACUUCAGCACUGCUUUCUUGCAGGGUAGCCUGCACGAGGAGUUCUGGCUGCGCCGUCCACCUGGCUUCACUGGGACUUUCCCUCCUGGCACCCAGUGGAGCCUCCGACGGCCAGUCUACGGUCUCCGCCAGGCACCGCGUGAGUGGCACGACACACCAAGGACUACGCUUGCGGCUCUUGGGUUUGCUCCCUCUACUGCUGACCCGUCGUUGUUUCUGCGCACCGACACUUCUCUGCCGCCGUUCUACAUCCUCGUGUACGUCGACGACUUGGUCUUUGCCACAGCGGACACUGCUGGACUUGCCUACGUGAAGUCCGAGCUGCAGAAGAGACACACGUGCACAGACCUGGGUGAACUGCGCAGCUACCUUGGCUUGCAGAUCACUCGGGACAGAGCACGCCGCACCAUUACCUUGACUCAGUCACACAUGGUGCAGCAGGUCCUUCAGCGCUUCGGCUUCACGUACUCCUCGCCUCAGGCCACUCCUCUGUCUACUCGCCACUCGCUCUCAGCUCUGCCUUCGGAUGAGUCCGUAGAGUCGAGUGGCCCGUACCCAGAGCUUGUUGGCUGCCUCAUGUACCUGAUGACCUGCACACGACCUGACCUUGCAUACCCUCUUAGCAUCUUGGCACGCUAUGUUGCUCCUGGGAGACACCGACCAGAGCACAUGGCUGCAGCGAAGAGGGUGUUGCGCUACUUGUGCAGUACGUCGGGCAUGGGGCUAGUGCUUGGAGGGCGGAGUCCAGUGGUCCUCACUGGGCACGCGGACGCUUCUUGGGCUGACGACCAGGCUACUCAGCGGUCGUCGCAGGGUUACACCUUCAGUCUUGGUUCCGGCUCUGUUUCGUGGCAGGCUACUCGCUCGUCUUCUGUUCUCAGCUCCAGUUGUGAGGCUGAGAUCUACGCCGGGGCCAUGGCUGCACAGGAGCUUCGCUGGCUCACCUACCUGCUGACUGACCUUGGAGAGCCGCCUCGUUCUCCUCCAGUGCUGUACGUAGACAACAAGGCCAUGCUGGCCUUGUGUCGAGAGCAGUGCCUGGAGCACAGAACGAAGCACAUUGCUCUCCGCUACUUUCUUGCUCGUGAGCUGCAGCAGCGUGGUCAGUUGCGACUUGCGUACGUGGCCUCUGAGGCCAACACUGCUGAUGUUUUCACCAAGGCACUUCCGCCUUGUGAUCAUCAGCGUUUCUGCACUCAGCUGGGACUUGUCCCAGUCUUGCCUCACUUGCUCACCUCUUGA